AUGAGAAAAGAGAGGCUGGACGAUGGACCGGGGAGGUUGCGGUUGGCUUCUUCUUCGCUGGCCGUCGUAGCGUCCUGCCGCCCUAGCAGCACCGUCCACGAGGGUCCUCCGCUCUGCAUGGAGGCAGCCUCCGCUGGUUAGAUAGUUGAUUCGUUCGACAGAACAUUAACGGGAGGAUCCCAACGAUUUCGAGGGGAAGAGCUCACCAGGACGACGCCGUCCCUGGUGGCGAGGGCCAGGACGUCGGCGCACGACACGGUGCCGUUGCACGACGCCUCGACGGCGGACUUGAUGGCCUCGAUGACGUCCAAGGCUUGAAGGUUUCUGUUCGCCCGGGCAGUCUGCUCGCCUCCGGCGUCGACAAGGAGCACCGACGCGUCGCAGCCCUGCAGGAUCACACGUGCGGCGGCAUUAGAACCAUUGCGGCGGUGCGGUGAGGUGCCGGCUCUGUCAUCUGCAAGAGUUUGUGCGUGAGGUUACUUGGACGAAGCAGUCGUGAAAAAAGAGGCGGAGCAGGGAGGCGGGCGUGCGGGAGUUGCUCCUGA